AUGGAAAGGGUAAAAGAGUUCAAGCACCUCGAGUCCGUGGGUGGCAACGAGGCGGACGACAAGGAAAGCGACUCGUCAGAGGAGGAAGAUGAUGAGAUUGAUGAAGAUGGAGGAGGCUAUAAGCAACUACCGUUCGAGCCGGUGCUGGUGGGUGGUGACGCAGAAGUUGCGACUGGCUACGAGCAAGCAAAAGAUGGAGGCGGUGUUGGUAACUUGCAAGCCUACUCCGGUGCUGCCUUGGGCGACAUGCAAGCAGACGCUGGAGGCGCCGACGGCAACGGGCAGUUCGUCACUGGAGCUGCGGCUGCCAACGCUCAAGCCUACGCUGCCGGCGCCGACGGCAACGUGGAGUUCUUCGCUGGCGCCACCGCUGGCAACGCUCAUGCAGUCGCAGGAGCCGCCGACGGCAACAUGCAGCUAUUCGCUGGUGGGGCCGCUGGCAACGCUCAUGCCGUCGCUGGAGCCCCCGCUGGCGACACGCAAGUCGCUGCUGGUGAUGCCCUGCCGACUCGGGGACGUCGUACUGCACUACCCGGAGCUCAUCAUGCCACGAUGUACCUUCUCGCGGAGAUCGAUGAUAUGCACAACACGAUGUCGAUCCUGCAUGAGAACCAAGCGUCACUGACCCAGGUUGAGCAGGAAAGGGAUGCGCUUCGUGAGGAGGUUUCUGUGCUGCACACGAAGAUUCGCUUGCUCCAAUCGAAAUCGAUCGACGGAGUGGAAGUUGUGGAUUUCGAUGAUCCACAAAUCGACGUGGAGAAGCUGCCAAAGGUGGACGGGAAGAUCCAUAUCCCGACCAUCUUGUCUGAUGACGAGGUCUUCACGGUGCGUUUCUUGCCGUUUCUUGCCGUUUCUCGAGCGCAGAAGAACGUGCUCCACGUGUACGUCGUGAUGAUGACGGCGGGCCCGGCGGCUAAGAUGCAGUUCUACCCUGAGUGGGCAGAUAUGGUUCCGUUAAUGGUGCGAAAGUACUACAGGCUUGGUGUGUGCAAGGACUUGUACUAUUUUGUGGCAGGUGGGGACGCGAAGAAGGAGGCCGCUGCCAUGGACAAGAUCGCUAAUAAACGGCAAACCAUGAACAAGACUUUCAAGCUAUAUGGAUGUGGCGCCGGAGGUGGUGUGUCCGAAGAGAAGUGGCCCGAGCUGAAAAGGGUGGGUCUGAACCCUACCACCAAGAGCCCUCUGAAGAUACCGGCCCUUGGCUAUGUUUGCCAUGUGGUUGAGUGGCCCAUGGCUCACCGGAAGGGCCGGAACUCUCCCUCCCUCGACACAGUGGAGCUCAACAACCGCAACAGCGUGACAGAAAAGACUGCCGUGUGCGUCUCUUGGCUCAACGAGUGGCUGGAACGGGAGCCGGGCCUGUUCAAGGCAGAUGUGCCCCCGGGAUUUGAGAUGGGCACUGCUUUUUCUGGUAAGGACGAAUUGAAAGUUAGGAUUUUGAUUGAGGGAUGGGAAGCUUUUUUUUUCCCAAGUGGAGUCCCUCUGGUAGAUGAUUGGCCUCCUGCAUGA